CUAAGAAUUUAAAGAAGGUUAUUCCUUGGUCCAGAACCCUUCAGUGCCCCCAGCCCACUCAGAGUAAAAGCUGGAUGCCCCUGCUCAACUCUUUCAUCUCUGACUUUAUUUCCUAAAACUGUAUCCUGCAAAAACCUGCCUGGCUAAAUUUAUCACCUUAUUCGUGUCAAUUCACAUGUUCCCUUCUCUGAGAGCCUUCUGCAGGCUUUGGUGCUGACCCACAUCCCUGCGCUGGUAACCUGUGUGCCAUGCACAAGCACAUCUGCAUUAACUCUGUGACGUACUGAGUGAUGCUGUCUGCGCCCCGUUCAGAGCGAAGGUCUGGGAAGCUCAGGGGUCUUGGUCUCAGUUUCCCAGGCCCCAGCACCUGCUCUAAAAGGGCGCUUGCUGGCAGGCUGGUGCAAGUGUAUAGGCUACAUUUAGGGGCAAGGGCUUCCUUUAAUUUUGCACCCUGGAUCCCUCACUUGCCUCACCCUAGUCCCAGCCAUUACCUGGGGUAUAGUCUGCCCCUACGUCUUCAGAACCCUGGGACCUUUCUUAGACUUGGUUGAUUGGCCUUUGUGGAUUUCCAACCAGGAAGGGGCCCUGGCUCUGGCCAUGAGGGUAGCGUGCAUGUGGGCACUGACUGGCAGGCUUCGUUUCCUCCACACUGAGCCGGCCAGAGGCACAGCAGCCCAUCCCUGCUGCCAUGGCUAACUCAGUCCCUGGGCCUUUCUGACACUGUGCUCAGCUGUGGGUAUGUGUUGCAAUGAACAGAACCUAGAAAUGUAGAUCUUUUUUGGACAUUGUGAUUUUUCAACCACAGUAGAAAGUACAUUUUACUUUUACCACCUAGGACAAAUGUCGUUAUAGAUCUCAAACAGAAGUUUCAGGAAAUGACUUCAUACACUCAUUAGAGGUGAUGCAUUUUGUAUACCCUUCUAUUUUGUUUUUAAAAUUUUGGUGCCACCCAAUAAAUUUACUUCCUGACCUGCCUGUGGGUCCCUAGAGUCUGUAAGCCAUGCCUUUCUCCACCAUACUCAGAGAUGAAAAACCUGAACUAUACAGAGCUUAAAGGCCUAGCUAAGGUUACGCCAGUGAAUUCACGGGAGAGCCAGGACUGGAAUCCUGUCUUAUUCCCAUCUUGUGGCUUUUUUAGGCUCUUAUAAUUAAUUUUAAUGAUUGCACCAUUGUGGCUUAUUUAAAUUACCCCAGGAGGAACAUCAGCUCUGUUAAAGAAAUUUUAUUAUAGCUGCCCACCUGCUCUAUUCAGGGAAAUGCAUCUUUUGUGGAUUUCUUAUGGGUAGUUAAGAGGGUCUAAGAAGCCUGUUUAUAGUCACUGAUUUAACUGUAGAUGACAAUGAAGUUAAGUAAAAAAAGCUGGUUCCAUCUGCAGGAGCACGUGAGUGAUUUGAAUUAGAAAAGGGUAUUGCCCAAAACACUACCCAGGUGCCUAGGGAGGCUUGCUGGCCCUCGUGGGCUCCCUGAGGGCAGAGCUGUGGUGUUGGGCAGUGGGCACAGUUCCAUGCCAUGAGGCAUGUUUGGGACAGAAACUGGUGCUUGAGCGGAGGUGUUGGUGCUGUCUUCUGGCUACUUGCCACUCCAAGCAUGGACUUGGACAGUAGCUUAGUAACCAUGGACGAGCUGUGGGAAAUACAGAGUCUCAGGCCCCAUCCCAGCUCUGCUGACUCAGAACCAGCAUAUUAACAAGACUAGGGGGUUGUAUGCAGCUCUGGUCGGCAGAUUGGGUGCGGCUCUGGUUUAAGGAUUUGAGUCUUUGGUUUGUAGUUUUCAGAUCAAAUUGGCCAUCAUUAGCAGCAAAGGGUUAAUAUGGUUUAGUUACCACAUGUGGGGUAUCAUGCUAGGUGCUGUGGUAACAGAAAGGGGAGGGCUAGAGGGCUAGAGCCCUCCCUGCCUCUGGUGACUUGCUGUCCAGUGGUUAGGCAGGGGGUGGUGUAUGCAGCCACACAGCAUGGUGUUUUACAAAGUGGGAGUGCUGUAGGCACCCAGGCUGGAUUUAGAUGCAAGAGGGGAGAACAGGUGGGGAGGGGGUCCCACGCAGGAGGAACUAUGUGAAGAAAGGUGUGGAGGCAGGAGGAGUCUAGGUGUGGUCAGGGGACAUCUAGUGUCUGGAUGGAGGCAGGUGAUAGCCAGGUUCUGGAAGGCUUUAAGUCACAACUUUAUAUAUUUGGACUUUAUCCACUGGAUCAUGGGAGCCACUAUAAACUUUUUUUAGUUAAAAAGUUCUAAUUUUUAAAAAUUGUGUAAAAUACACAUAACAUGAAAUUUACCAUCUGAACCAUUUCAAGUACACAGUUGAGUAGCAUUAAGUACAUUCACAGUGUUGUGCAACUAUCACCACCAUCUGUCUCCAGAACUUUUCAUCUUGCACAACUGAGACUCUGUGUGGUAAACAGUAACUCCCCAUUCCUCCCCCCACCAACGCCUGGCAUCCAUGUCCUACUUUUUUGUCUCUAUCAUCUUGACUACUCUAGGUACCUCGUAUGAAUGGAAUCACACAGUAUUUGUGCUUUUGUGACUGGCUUGUUUCACUUAGCAUAAUGUCCUUAAGGCUCGUGCAUGCUGUAGCAUGUGUCAGAAUCUCCUUUUUAAAGACUAAUUAAUAUUCCAAUGUAUGAAUACAGCACGUUUUUCUUAUCCAUUCAUCUGUCAGUGGACACUUGGGUUGUUUCCUCCGUUUGGCUACUAUGAAUAAUACUGCUAUGAACAUGAAUGUACAGAUAUCUCUGUGAGUCUGUGAUUUCAAUUCCUUUAGAUACAAUUCCACUCAGAAGUGGAAUUGCUAGAUCAUGUGGUAAUCCUAUUUUUAAUUAUUUGAGGAAGCACCAUGCCAUUUUCCACAGGGGCUGCACCAUUUCCCCUUCCCACCCCCAGUGUACAAGGGUUCCAGUUUCUCCAUGUCCUCACCACUACUUGUUCUUUUCUGGUUUUUCAGUAGCGGCUUUCCUAGUGGGAGUGAGGCAGCAUCCCACUGUGGUUUUGAUUGGCAUUACCCUGAUGCUCCGUGGCAUGGAGCAUCUUCCCCUGUUUGUGAGCACUGUGGCUUGGGAGCAGGAGAACUGUGGCAGGGGAGGCACGCUUGCAGGGCUAUUUAAGAGGGUAAAGGGCUGUGCUGCUCAAUGCAGAUCAGAUUUGUGGUGGGGACACUGUACCUGCAGAACAGGCCUCCUCCACACUGCUUUGGUGGCUUCUGUGGGAAUAACAUGUAUCCGGGAUGCUGUCCCCGAACUGGGAGGGAGCUCCAUCUGGUUUUAUGUGUGGCCUGUGCUGAACCAAGCCCACCACAUUUUCCCUUUCUGUGUCCUGCUGCUACGGGGUUGAAGUCUGAGAAGCCAAGACAGGCGGGGGAACAUUUGAAGGACAUGUCCCUUGCUGUGGCACCUUUGCAGAAGUGGCUGACAUUUGUGCCAGCUCCUGGCAUUUUUGAUGCUCUCCCUUCUGGACACAUGAGAGGAUUGUGCUUCUCUCCUUCCUCAAACUUAGAUAUGACCACGUGAGUUGCUUCGGCCAAUGAGAUGUGAGCAAAAGUGACCUACAGGUAGAAGCUUUAGGAGACUGACCACUCCGUCCCUUCCCUAAUCACAUGACCUUGGAAGCACAUGCUGAGGAGGAGGGGCCGUAAUAUCAAAGUGGCUGUCCUUUGCCCUUGACUCACGGUAGACUCUGAGUGAGCAAGACAGAAAGUAUUCCUGGGCGGAGGUGCUGUGACUUAGGAGUCGUUUGUUACCACAGCACAGCCUAUCCUAUCCUGACCAAUCCAGAAGGAACCUGAAAUGUGUGUUAAGUGCAAACAUAGGUUAAGAUGGAAAUGUAGCAUUUGGGGGUAAUUGCAUGUGCUUAAGACCUCAGAGAGUUUUGAGACUUGGCUAAUGAGCUACAUUUUUCUGUAGGUAAGUCUCUUGCUGAAGAGUUGAUUACCAGAUGUUACUGGUUUCCCUGGCCAGCAGCACAUUGCUCUGACUUGUGCUUGCCCUUGGCCUGCCCCGGUGGGGCUGAAGCUGAUGAGGACUCAUGAACCCUGCAGCUCUGCUCGGAUGUAAUGGCCUCGGUGUUGUCCAGUGCUUAUCAAAUCCAGAGCCCGUUUAGAUUUCGGUAGACAAGUCCAGACUCUGUGGACCUCAUUAUACUUCCAAAGCAGGAGGGUCAGUGUUUUUAGUAGUUACUCUGAACAUUGUUUUUUGAGUGCAGAAAUGACUUUUUAAGAUCAGAAAAUUUCUAAGACUUUCACCACUUGACUAUAUAGUCUUGUUUUUAUUAUAGGACUGCUUUGCUUGUUCAACAACUAUUCAUUAAGCAAAUCUUUUUUCAUCUUAAGUGUACCUUUCCACUAUAGAACUUUAAAAAUAUACAAAAAAGUAGAGAGCAUUAUAUCUUCAGUCUCUGUUAUGGGCUGAGCUAUGCUCCUCCCAAAUUAAUUCGUUGGAGUCUUAACCCCCAGUAACCCCCAGUACCUCAAUGUGACUGUCUUUGGAGAUAGGUACUUACAGGGGUAAUUGAGUUAAACUGAGACCAUUAAGGUGACGUAAUCCAGUCUGGGUGAUGUCCUAAUAAGAAGGGAUUUGGACGCAGACAGGCACAAUACACAGAAGGACGACCAUGUGAAUACACAGGGAGAUGACAGCCACGUACAAGUCAAGGAGAAACCAACUCUGGUGGCCUCUUGAUCUUGGACUUCCAACAUCCAGGCUGUGAGAAAAUAAAUUUCUGUUGUUUAAGCCACUCAACCUGUGGUACUUUGUUAUGGCAGCUCUAGCAGACUAAUACAGUGCCUGUGUACUAUGUUUAGCUUCAGCAUUUUCCACGUUUAAGCAAUCUUCAUGGACUGCCCCUGGUGUGUAGAGAUCACGGAGCGUACAGCAGAGAAGCAGAGGAAGCGUCUGCCUGUGUGAAGCUUCCUUUCUGUGGGAGCUAGAAAGCCUCAUGAGGACAAGUUUCCAUUAGGGUGUUUUGAAUUUUCAUAGUCACACGACAUUUGUAUACCUUAGACGUCCUUGUUGGAACACAGCGUGCAGGUGGUCUUCCAGCAGUGCUGAGCGUGCGGAUGGAUUCUCAGACCCUCCUAGGCUCACCCUUUGGGAACCCAGGCGUCAGGCGCAGGAUCAGUUUGUGAUGUAAAUGGACAAAGUUGGAGUGAGAACCAUGGCCCGGCAGCUCUGCCCCAGUCACGCCAAACCGAUCAAAUGGACCGGGAUUUAGACCACCCCUGGGAGCCAGCUGGGCCCAUAGGAGCCAGGAUGCAAACAUCAUUCUUACACAAUAAAGAAGUGGGGAGAGGAUGAAUCACACUGGGAAAUGAUUCAUUUGCUUAUGGAUGGAUUCAUCCAGGAUUCCUUUAAAUACCAAAUCCCCAUGUACAUUUAAAAAUACCUAGCUCACUCAAAAACAUUAUGCUGAGCGAAAGAAGCCAGACACGAAAGACUACAUGUUGUACAAUUCCAUUUAUAGGAUGUUUCUAGAAAAGGCCUAAUUAUAGGGACAGGAAGCAAAUGAGUGGUUGCCCGGGUCUGGGGACGUAAGCGGGAAUUGGCUGCAGACAGACAUGAGGGAGGCUUAGAGGUGAUGAGCACUGCACAAGCACAUUGAGGCAAUGCCCGAGCAACUGAUACGUUCACUGAACAUCAUCCCCACUGACGGCAGGGGAACUGUGUGGUGCCUAAGGUAUAUCUGGGUAAAGGUGGGAAAGCCACUCAGUUCAGCUCUGUGGAAAAUCAAGGGAGUCUUCUUGGAGGAAGUGGGCUCUGAGCUGGAUGUGAAUCACCGAGUGUCUUUUGGUAAGGAGCUGCAGGGCAGGCGAUGAGGCAGGCGGAAGGAGAGUUUGUUGCAGGUGAAAGCAUCAGGAAAUUGAAGGGACACCCAGCAAUUCUCCACUCUGGUUGCACGUUCCAGCCCCCUGGAGGGUGUUUUGAAAGCACAGGUGCCUGGGCCCUAUUCCUGGGGAUUCAGAUUUAACUGGUCUGGGUUACAGGUCCUGGAUGUCAGUAUCUUCUAAAAACAUAUUUUUAAAUGAAGUGAUAUUCUAAUUCUAUCAUUUCUUUUUCACUUCUCAGCUGGAAUGCUUCUAUAAAGAGAUACCUCCCCACAUCCAUUAUGUGAUCACCCAGUGGGACAGUUCGUAGAGAGGAGGCAGGAAAGAUUUGAUCACCGGGAGGUUUUUCGGGACAUUACCCAACUACUGUUUUCGGUAAGAAAUACAAGCGCUGCCUCCAGGUGGUGAUGGCCGCGUGAGUGCCCGCCAUGGCCCACCGGAAGCGUCAGAGUGCAGCGAGCGGCAUGUUGGACCACAGGGUGAGGCCGGGCCCCGUGCCCCACAGCCAGGAGCCUGAGAGCGAGGACACCGAGCUGCCCCUGGAGGCAUACGUGCCCAAGGACCUGGAGCUGGCCGCCCUGCGGCCGGAGAGCCCGACGCCCGAGGAGCAGGAGUGCCACAACCACAGCCCUGACGGGGACUCCAGCUCCGACUAUGUGAACAACACCUCCGAGGAGGAGGACUACGAUGAGGGCCUGCCCGAGGAGGAGGAGGGCAUCACCUACUACAUCCGCUACUGCCCCGAGGAUGACAGUUACCUGGAGGGCAUGGACUGCAACGGGGAGGAGUACCUGGCCCACGGCGUACACCCCGUGGACACCGACGAGUGCCAGGAGGCGGUGGAGGAGUGGACGGACUCGGCAGGCCCACACCCGCACGGCCACGGGUCUGAAGGCAGCCAGGACUACCCUGACGACCACCUGCCCAUGCCGGAGGACGAGCCCCCUGUCCUGGAGGCCCAUGACCAGGAAGAAGGCAGCCACUACUGUCCCAGCAAAGAGGGCUACCAGGACUACUAUCCCCCGGAGGCCAACGGGAACUCGGGUGGUGCCUCCCCCUACCGCCUGAGGUGCGGGGAUGGGGACCUGGAGGACCAGGAGGAGGACAUCGACCAGAUUGUGGCCGAGAUCAAGAUGAGCCUGAGUAUGACCAGCAUCACCAGCGCGAGCGAGGCCAGCCCCGAGCAUGGGCCUGAGCCGGGGGCCGAGGACUCCACGGAGGCCUGCCUGCCUGGCGAGGCCAGCUGCGGCCCCAGCAGGCACGAGGCGAGGCCCAAGUCCCUGAACCUCCCUCCUGAGGCCAAGCACCCCGGAGACCCCCAGAGAGGCUUCAAGACCAAGACCAGGACCCCAGAGGAGAGGCCAAAGUGGUCCCAAGAGCAGGUUUGCAAUGGUUUGGAGCAGCCAAGGAAGCAGCAGCGCUCUGAUCUCAAUGGACCUGUUGACAAUAACAACAUCCCGGAGACAAAGAAGGUGGCAUCAUUUCCAUCAUUUGUGGCUGUUCCAGGGCCCUGUGAGCCAGAAGACCUCAUCGAUGGGAUCAUCUUCGCUGCCAACUACCUGGGGUCCACCCAGCUGCUCUCCGAACGGAACCCUUCCAAAAACAUCAGAAUGAUGCAAGCGCAGGAGGCCGUCAGCCGGGUCAAGAGGAUGCAGAAGGCUGCUAAGAUCAAGAAAAAAGCGAAUUCUGAGGGAGACGCCCAGACGCUGACGGAAGUGGACCUCUUCAUCUCCACCCAGAGGAUCAAGGUUUUGAAUGCGGACACACAGGAGACCAUGAUGGACCACGCCUUGCGCACCAUCUCCUACAUCGCCGACAUCGGGAACAUCGUGGUGCUGAUGGCCAGGCGCCGCAUGCCCCGCUCAGCCUCUCAAGAUUGCAUCGAGACCACGCCCGGGGCCCAGGAGGGGAAGAAGCAGUACAAGAUGAUCUGCCACGUGUUCGAGUCAGAGGACGCGCAGCUCAUCGCGCAGUCCAUCGGCCAGGCCUUCAGCGUGGCCUACCAGGAGUUCCUGCGGGCCAACGGCAUCAACCCCGAGGACCUGAGCCAGAAGGAGUACAGCGACAUCAUCAACACCCAGGAGAUGUACAACGACGACCUCAUCCACUUCUCAAACUCGGAGAACUGCAAGGAGCUGCAGCUGGAGAAGCACAAGGGCGAGAUCCUGGGCGUGGUGGUCGUGGAGUCGGGCUGGGGCUCCAUCCUGCCCACGGUCAUCCUGGCCAACAUGAUGAACGGCGGCCCCGCCGCGCGCUCGGGGAAGCUGAGCAUCGGGGACCAGAUCAUGUCCAUCAACGGCACCAGCCUGGUGGGGCUGCCCCUCGCCACCUGCCAAGGCAUCAUCAAGGGCCUGAAGAACCAGACGCAGGUGAAGCUCAAUAUCGUCAGCUGUCCCCCAGUCACCACUGUCCUCAUCAAGCGGCCAGACCUCAAGUACCAGCUGGGCUUCAGCGUGCAGAAUGGAAUCAUCUGCAGCCUCAUGAGAGGGGGCAUUGCCGAGCGAGGGGGCGUCCGUGUCGGCCACCGCAUCAUCGAGAUCAAUGGGCAGAGCGUGGUGGCCACAGCCCACGAGAAGAUUGUCCAAGCUCUGUCCAACUCGGUCGGGGAGAUUCACAUGAAGACCAUGCCCGCCGCCAUGUUCAGGCUCCUCACGGGCCAGGAGACCCCGCUGUACAUCUAGGCCACAGCCUGGCCACACCGCGGAGCUGGACGCCAGGCAGGCCUGCCCGGGCCCAGGGGAGCCAGAGCCAGACCCGGGCCGAGGACCUGACCCCUGACCCCACAGCCCAGCAGGGACACUGGCUCCCCAAAGGUCGUGCCCUCGCCACCCACUUUUUUUUUUUAUUUUGCCAAAAAGGAGUAUAUCUUUAUCAAAGGAGAGUCACAGGAACAAAUCUUUGUAAAACAGUCAAGUAUUUUGCCACGUUCUGAACGUUUUCUCACUGCGACGGACCGGGGGUGUGUCCUGGUCCCUGUGUGUGGUGUGGAGUGUGUGUCUUUUCUCCCUGAAGCUGUAGAGAGUGAACGUGGGCACCUGCCGGGUGGCCUGAACGGAGGCCUCCAAGGGCCGCGUCCCCGAGCAGGCCAACGGCCACCCCUCGGCUGGGACGUCUGGGUCCUGGGGGGUGGGGGCUCUGACAGUCCCCAACGGCUGCUUUCUCUGCUGCUUCUGCAGGAAUGUGGCAGCCCAGUUCCCAGGAUGUGACUGGUAAUGAAAGUUUGGGGACAUGUGAUUGAUUGUAAAUAAAGGAUGAUGGCCACAACAUCAAAACUCCAUAUUUAUUUAGAUAAUGCUGCCGUUUGGACUUUUAUUUUGGCAAGCCGUCAUUCAGACGAUAGGGUCUUCCCAUGGUGACCCGGGACCACACCUGCUUCUCCUGCCCGCCCUGGGCACCCUCCCUCCCGGGCAGGGCUCCCGCUGGUGGGACCCGCUCGCUGUCCUGCCAGGAACACGGGGAGCACGGGUGUGUGCCCCCCAUUUGAAAUCUAUCUACACACACACAUCCACACCUGUGCGUGCCCCCCCGGAAAAAACAAAACCCACACCAGGAAUCCCGACCUCUGCCACUCCCGAGGCAGCCGCCCUGGGCAGUGUUGGUGCGUGUGUAGAUAAGUCAGAUAUAGUCUAGCUCAGUCCACUAGAGAUCCAUGUUAACUGACGUCAUUUUGUCCGAAGUCUCUUUUUUUGGCCCAGGCCUUGAAGAAUACACUGUGACUUAAGAAGCCUUACCACGCAGUAACUAAAGCUUUAGGAUUACUGUAUUUGAGGAGUGCCCGUGUGUUGCAUGCAGCUGACCUUAGGAAGACUUCGUGCAUAUCACUAAUAAACCUGAAGUCCUGAUGAAAA